UAAAAAAAAAUCAUGUAGCAGCCUAAACUUUAGUCUUUUACCAUCGUAUUUUCCCCCCUCCCCUUGUAAUGGAUAACCCACCUACUGUUAUCAGCCCACCGCCACCACCAACGCCGCCGUUACCGUCCUUCUUUCCGUCGUUACCACCACCACUUCCUCAGCCUGAAAACAUGAUCCCCAGCCCACCUCCGCCGUUGCCAUUCACCUCAACACCCCAAAUAUACCCCAUAGAUCAAAACGGAAACAUCACCAUAGUCACCAUCAAUCCACCGCCACCGUUCCCCGGUGCACCGAGAAGCGUCGAUUUAUCGCCAGUCGAAUUCAUCCUUGCUCUUAUGGCCGUCAUAACUAUCCCAGCUAUAGUCUAUGCUUUCUUCUUCGCCGUCAAGUGCCCUCCUUGGUCUUCCGGUGAACGUCGUCGAGACAGCUCCAGCGAGCUUCCGAGGGACAACCGUGGAAGCUCUAUCGAAGUGAUUGAGAGACGGGAGCCAAUUUCGGGUCAUAAGUUCAAAAAAGAGACGCACUCCAAAGAUAUCGGAAAUGAAUGCGCCGUUUGUUUAUCUGUGUUUGCUGACGGGGAAGAAGUAAAGGUGUUGAAUGGUUGCAAGCACUCUUUCCAUGCUAUUUGCAUCGAUUUGUGGCUUAACAAUCACGAUAAUUGUCCGAUUUGCCGGGCUAAUGUCGUCGUAAAGAGGCCAAAUAGUAAUCGUGGACCGCCGUCCGCUAGAGAAAGCGAUCAUCAUCAAGGUUUGCCUGAUGCAGCCAGUCUGGUUUGACAUUUCUUAUGUAAGUUAUUGUUUUCAUUAUAGCUGUUUGGCCUUCAAUACUUCAAACAACAUUAGUUUAUAACACAAAUAAUUUCGAUUACAAAUCGAGUGAAAUCGAAUUCAAAUUCAUUUGAAGUUCGAGUUGCAGUUACUUUAUUUUACUCUGAUUUCUGGUUUGAGAAGAAAACCGGAGGCAUUAUAGAUGGAAGUAAU